CCACAGCCAGAGCAGACACUGGAGUCGGAGGGAGCAGGGAGCAGGCAGCGGAGGGAGGCGAGCUCCGGGCAGAAGCCGGAGCCAGAGCCAGGACUCCGAGGGCCAGAACUUUUCUCGGGGCCGGCGUGGGUGCCGUGCCAGCCUCACGCGGGCCUCACCCCCCUUGGAGCCUCAGGUCCCGAUCCUCUGUCCUGGAGGCCACCCACGCCACCCACCCCAGGAGGGAAGAACAAACUUUCUCAGGGAAGCCACCUCUGCUGCCGUCUGGACAGGGAGGAGCAGACGUCUGGACAGACAGAUGAACAGACGGACAGGGCGUCCGCCAGCCUGCCCUCCCGGUCCCGGCUCUGACAGGCGGCAGCACAGCGGGCGGCCGGGGGGCCGAGGGCUCCGCGAGGGGCAGCGAGGGGCCCUGCCGGACCUUUGUCUCCCAGCAAGCCACCUCUGAGCCCAGGCUCCGGCCGGAAGCCACUUGGCCGGGCCCAGCCCUGCAGGGUAGGACGGGCGUUCCCAUCGGACGGAGCCACAGGCUCUGCCACCCACCGAGGCGACGGGUAACCUGAGCGAAAAGGCACAGGUGGCAGGUGGGCAGGCGCAGGGCCCCGAGGCCAACCGGCUGCUGACCCUGGAGCGCUCUGGCUCGGGCACCCCUGCCCAGGCCGGGGACGAUGCUGCCGAGGCCACCAGCAGCCACCCCUGCCCCGUCCUGGAGCUGCCGCCAGCCUGGCCCCUGGGCUGUGGGACCGAGGAUGUCCCAGCCUUUUGCUUCGUGUGCUUCCACAAGGAGGAGGAGGAGGAGCUUCUGGAAGAGGUCCCACUGCAGAGGGAGAAGAUGAGCGUGGGCUGCCCGGAGCCCGAGCCACCCCGCUCCCUGCCCUGCUGUGGGCCGGGGACCGCCCCUGGGCUGGGGGCAGGCGUGCCGCUCCUCACUGAAGAUAUGCAGGCACUGACCCUCCGCACGCUGGCCGCUAGCGAUGUCACCAAGCACUACGAACUCGUCCGGGAGCUGGGCAAGGGCACCUAUGGGAAGGUCGACCUGGUGGCCUACAAGGGCACGGGCACGAAAAUGGCGCUGAAGUUUGUGAACAAGAACAAGACCAAGCUGAAGAACUUCCUGCGGGAGGUGAGCAUCACCAGCAGCCUCUCCUCCAGCCCCUUCAUCAUCAAGGUCUUUGACGUGGUUUUUGAGACCGAGGACUGCUACGUCUUCGCCCAAGAGUACGCACCUGCCGGGGACCUGUUCGACAUCAUUCCUCCUCAGGUGGGACUCCCCGAGGACACGGUGAAGCGCUGCGUGCAGCAGCUGGGGCUGGCGCUGGACUUCAUGCACGGGCGGCAGCUGGUGCACCGCGACAUCAAGCCCGAGAACGUGCUGCUGUUCGACCGCGAGUGCCGCCGCGUGAAGCUGGCCGACUUCGGCAUGACGCGCCGCGUGGGCUGCCGCGUGAAGCGGGUCAGCGGCACCAUCCCGUACACGGCGCCCGAGGUGUGCCAGGCGGGCCGCGCCGACGGCUUCGCGGUGGACACGGGCGUGGACGUGUGGGCCUUCGGCGUGCUCAUCUUCUGCGUGCUCACCGGCAACUUCCCGUGGGAGGCGGCGUCGGGCGCGGACGCCUUCUUCGAGGAGUUCGUGCGCUGGCAGCGGGGCCGCCUGCCCGGGCUGCCGUCGCAGUGGCGCCGCUUCACCGAGCCCGCGCUGCGCAUGUUCCAGCGCCUGCUGGCCCUGGAGCCCGAGCGCCGCGGGCCGGCCAAGGAGGUCUUCCGCUUCCUCAAGCACGAGCUCACGUCCGAGCUGCGGCGCCGGCCCUCGCACCGCGCGCGCAAGCCCGCCGGGGACCGCCCGCCCGCCGCCGGGCCGCUGCGCCUCGAGGCGCCCGGGCCGCUCAAGCGGACGGUGCUGACCGAGAGCGGCAGCGGCUCCCGGCCCGCGCCCCCCGCCGUCGGGCCCGCGCCCGUGCCGGUGCCCGUGCCCGUGCCGGUGCCGGUGCCCGUGCCCGUGCCCGAGGCCGGCCUGGCGCCCCCGGGCCCCCCCGGCAGGACCGACGGCCGCCCGGACAAGAGCAAAGGGCAGGUGGUGCUGGCCACGGCCAUCGAGAUCUGCGUCUGAGCCGCCCCCGCCGCCCUCGGGCCGGGGCGCCGCGCUCGCACCAGGCCGGGCCGCCGGGAGCCGCCCCGGGCCCGCGCCCAAACGGGGGGCUUGGCGGCGGCCGCGGCAAAUCCGACCAGCCCCCGCGGCGGCAGGAGGGAGUAGCGGUAGGCUAGGCGGGACGGCGGGCCCAGGCGCCGGGUCCGCGGCGGGCCGCCGAGAUAGCCACCGAAAGACCUCUCGCCCCGCCUCUGGGGCAGGGACUUGGCCCACAGGAGCCGAGCCCCACAGACCCGAGGAUUCAGAGGCGCCCCCUCCCCCGUCCCCCGACACCAGGAGCAAGGGAGCUUGCGGGCAGACUCCCCCACACCGCCCCGAACCCUGGCACGCUGCCUAGUUGCUCCUGGCCCUUUGCACCCCCUGGCAGAUCGUCCCGCAGUCCCACCCCUGGUCCUGCCCUCCUGGCCACCCUACCCUGCGCCACCACGCCCCCGGGCACAUCAGGGGACUGAAGUGUUGGGGCAGAGAAGGGGAGUAGGGCCCCCGGACACUGGCUGCGGGCGGGGUGGGGGUGGGGGGGAGGCGAGGAGCUGAGGGCAGGGGCGUUGCUCACCUGCGUCCUGCCCCUUUCCCGGGAGGCUGGAGGGAAGAGGCCAAAAGCCCUCGGCAAAAUGUAGCAAAUGUCUGGAUGCUGCAAAAGUGUGUGUGUACAGGCACGGACCCGAAGAAUCUAGUGACUCCCACACAACCCGUUCCCCGGAUGAGGACACUGAGCACAGGAGGAGGGCAACUGGCCUGGAGCCGCACAGCCCCUGAGAGGUGGCGCUCUCGAAGCCCUCCCCCUCCUCCCCAGCGAGCGUCCCACUCCCUCGCGACUGACGGGCUGCCGGGGCGGGGCCUCAGCUGCCCUCCUCCCCCCGCCCCCCACCGCAUCCCUAAAGCGAAGGGAGCGAGCGCCGAGCCUAGGGCCGGCCCGGCUCCCCCUGCUGGCCGCACCUGCCCAGGCCCGGGAACCCCAGAUCCUAGGUCCUGGCUCCCCGAGCCCAGACCCGGUGGCCUGGGCUGCUGGCAGGCGGCGAGGUGAUUCGUGCCAGGAAUACCCCCGGGUUUCUGCCGGAGACCAGCAUGUCAGCCUGGGGUUGCCCCCAUCCCCGCGUCCCCCAGGUUCCCGGUCCUGGAGUAUGCGGCUGUGGGCGUGAGAAUGGGGGUCCGUGGCAACAGGAGGGGGGAGAGUGUGUGUGAGUAGGCGUGCGUGCGGUGUGUGAGUAGAGCGGACGUGUACGCGUGCAGUCCUGUGUGUUCGGUGAUUGCAUCCAGACGCCUCUGGAGACCACUCUGCCCCAGGACCCUCCCCAGGCAGCUGCCAGAGGGCGUCCAGGCCUGUGCUUCACCCGCCCCUCAGGGAAUCUGGCAGGGAGGCACCUGCGGGCUGGUGCCAGCCCCCCAGGCAGCAAAACAGGCACCCCAGCUCACCCAGUGUUCCCCCAUGACCCCUGCCAUCUCUGGAGGCCUGGGACCCCGCAAUAACCUCUACAGGGGUGAGGCUGCUCCUUCUGCCUGACCGUGUCCCGUCCACCAGCCCGGGCCGCACCUGCCAGGGUCCCACUGGGGUUCUAGGCCAUCUGAGGGGGCUCUCUGAUGAGCCGGGCUGGCCAGGGAGGGCCUGACCACCCUCUGGCCUGGAGCCCCCACCUCUCCACUCAUCCCCCAUUCCCAUCGCGCAAAAGGGCUAUAGGUCCCCCUGCCCUGCCUGGGUCCAGUUUACAAACUGCGGUUGCCCCAGGGCCUGGCCCCGCUCUCCUCGGUGCGCCCGCCCUCCUCGAGACCCAUCUCUCCAGUGGGCACUGGGGCCCUCCACACGCCAGGUAAGUAGCAAACCCUCCUCCCACCACGGGCCAAGUUUCAGAGAAGGCCCCCCGUCACUGCCCCUGGCCCACCUGGAGCCCAUCCGGGCCACCUCUCUCUCCCAGCCGCGACUUCUCCUUUUGCCUUAGGCCUCUCGACACCCCGUCUCUCCUGCAAUAACAAGGAAGCAAGAUUCCAAGUAGAUGUCCCUCGCCGUGUGCCCUUUCUCUCUCUCUCUCUCUCUCUCUCUCUUUCUCUGUUAAGAUCCUCUUUGGGAGUUUCUCCCUCGUCGUAGUAUCUAGAAUGUUAGACUCGGGAAGGGGACCGUAGUUAUGUAGCCCAGCCCCUGUUUGCGGAGGCACAGAGAGGGGCAGCGAUGGCCCCACGCAGGAGCAGGGCCGAAGAAGCCCGGCCUGCUCCGUGGCCGCCGGGGCCCUGUGCUGCCACCUGCUAGUUGGGUUGGGACCCCUCGCCCCUUAGGAGAGGUGUUGGUCACAGAUGUUUACCUCAGUUUAUGUCACUGUCGAAGAAACAAAUAGCAAAAAAUUAAUAACACCGUAGACACGCAGACUUAGAAGACGAAAAACACACAAAAGAUCUUCCCCUGGCGAUUCUUCUGUGAAGGUGUGUGUGUGCGUGUGUGUGUAUGUGUGUGUGUGAGCGUGUCCGUCCCAUCCCGGGCAGGCUGGGUCAUCCCCGGUCUCUGUCAUAGCCCCUGUGCCUCCAUACUGCCCCUGUCCUUCGGUGCUUCCCAGAGGCCCCUCUGAGCUGGCCUGUGGGGUGUGGGGAGCCCCCUGGGCAGGAGGCGGGGCCGCAGGUUAGCUAGAGCCCCACUGAGCAGAGCCCCACGGCUGCCACUGCCCCCUGAGCCCGUGCUGUGGUCGGUGGGACAGUCCUGGUGGCUAGCAUCAACAUCCAAGCCUGGCUCAGGGCCCGGGCGGAAUCCCAGCCCCUCAUGUCUUGCCACCCCCCCCCCCCAUGUGUUUGUAAAUAUUCUGGCAUCCUUUGGCCCUGAGAAGGUUUUUAAAUGUGUUAUUUACUUCUCUAAUCAUGACAAUUGCUAUAAAAUAAACAAAAGCCUAGAAAAAUUA